AUGACACGCGCGGUAAGAAGCUCGGUUAAAGAAGGCUGGAAGGCAUAUCUGGGUGUGAUAACCUUUAAGACAUCGAAGGAUUGCAUUAGCUUAUUGGCUGCGGAGAAGGAUGCCAUGAACUUGUUGGAUGCAGCGUACUCCGAAGAGCAUUACUUAGUGGACGUAAGCGAGUCUGGCAUGAUUCGUAUUGAUAAAGAGUCAAUACCGGCAUGUAUGGAGUGGCCUCAUUUGCCUCGGAGGUUGCAUAAAGCAAUUCAGCUCUUGGAAGAAGGGCUACCCGCGUCAUUUCGACGUAGCAUUAUAACGCCGGGAGUGGGGGCUCCUAUUUCGCAGAUGAAGAAUUCAAUAGGUGAACCUCUGGUGGCCCUUGUACAAGAAGUGAGAGAGGGCCUGCGUAAGCAGCAGUUGACAAUGACCUUUGCGGGGAGAGAGAUAGCGGGAGAGACGGCGACCAAGAUCGUGGCAGCGGCCGUGGCAGCUGUGGAGCCCGAGCCCUCCAGCGUCUUUGUUGAGUACGCGCAAGCCCUGCUGAAAAGUGGCAGCAAUCUGUGGCAAGACGCCCAGGACCGGGCCAGAGAAUUGAGACGCACCAUCAGUGAGUUUAGACGCUCCUCCAGUACGCGCAGUACCCGCUCUAGCAUUCGGAAUAGUUUGCGACGUGCAACUGUCGAUGGCCUGGAGGGUACUGAAUUGAUCGACUUCGGCUCACACGAUUGGACUAGCUCACUCGCUCGAGACUCCGUUGCUGGGAGUAUCCCCGACGUUUCAAUUAUCAGCGCAGGCGGGGACUGUGUGAGACAGCAGGCUGCAGCACAACCGACCCCAAGAACCUGGGGCGCCAUCGACUUCAGGGAAACUUUUUGA